AGUUUUAAUAUAAUAACACCUAUAAGUUACUUGAUGAUUAUUCAAAAGAAAAAAAAACAGAUUCUUAAUUUUGGUAUUAAGCAUACUAUGAUCAUAGCUUACCGAUAACGAAAAUUCGUUACUUUUACAUCAAGUUUGAGAUUAAGAAUCUAAAGCAAGACAUCAAAUUCGAAAUUGCUAUUCUUAAUUUAAUCUCUGUUCUUCGUGUGCCCUAAAAAAUGGGCAUCCAUGGAUGUUCUUGGAUCCGGAACUCCAUUUUCAAGUCGCUUUUGCUGCGAACAGAUCUGUACGCUUUAUACUCUAAAACGAUUCUGCUUUUUCCUCUUCGUUGUCGCUCUCUUUUCGAUCAUCGCAAUCGCAAUCGCCGCAUUGCCUGUAAUCUUCUUGUUGAAGCCUCGAGAACCGAUUUUUUCUCUUCAGUCACUGCGAUUGGAUUGGUACAACAUUACCGUCAGAUCUGGCUCUCCAAUUCUUUCUUCGGUUUUUACUCUGACUCUUAAUUCUCAAAACCCUAACAAAAUCGGCAUCAAGUACAGUCCGGCGAGGCUUCUCCUGAUCUACGAUGGAACCGCUGUGAUCGGAACGAUUCGAGUGCCCGAAGUGUUUCAGCCUGCUCGUAGCGUCGAUCAGAGUGUUCGAACUCGUUUGUUGUUGCAUCAAUUUGAUGUGGAUUUGUUGGAGACGAUACAAGAGUUUGUUGAGAUGAAAAUUAUUGGCGAUGUUGGUGUAGAGCUGUUUGUGCUUCAUAUGGCGGUGAUUAAGAUGAAGGUUGCUUUGAAAUGCGACGUAGAUGUUGAUUACAGAAAGCUUAAUUUCAGAGAAGAAAUACUUGGCAAUGGAGCAACCGUAGAAAAAGCUUUGGAUUCAAUUCCUUCCAACUCCAAGCCAAUGUCCACAAACUGUGGAGUCGCUUUUUACUUAUGAAGGUGCUUAGCUCACUAAUUAGUAAUUACUGGUUAAGUAUUUUGUUUAAUCUAUUUUGAGUGCAUGAGCUAUCCCUAGCUUGUUUGUUUUUGUAUCUCUUGUUUACUACUAAAAAAAUAUUGUGUGUUUGUUUUAUUUAGUAACUUUCUUCAU